AAAAAAAAACCCUAAUCUCUCUCACACACAACCCCCCAUUUCUCACACACAGAGCUACUAGCAGCCGCUUUAGGUUAGAGAGAGAGAGAGAGAGAGAUGGUUUCGGGUUCAGGGAUUUGUGCGAAGCGCGUGGUGGUGGACGCGCGCCACCAUAUGCUUGGCCGUCUCGCUUCGAUCAUUGCGAAGGAGCUUCUGAAUGGGCAGAAGGUGGUGGUGGUUCGGUGCGAGGAGAUCUGUAUCUCCGGUGGUCUGGUCCGCCAGAAGAUGAAGUACAUGAGGUUUCUUCGCAAGCGAAUGAACACCAAGCCUUCCCAUGGUCCUAUCCAUUUUAGAGCCCCUGCUAAGAUCCUUUGGCGCACCAUCCGUGGAAUGAUUCCCCACAAGACUAAGCGCGGUGCCGCAGCUCUUGCUCGUCUCAAGGCUUAUGAGGGCAUUCCACCUCCUUAUGAUAAGAUUAAGAGGAUGGUGAUUCCUGAUGCUCUCAAGGUCUUGAGGCUUCAAGCAGGACACAAGUACUGCUUGUUGGGCAGACUUUCAUCGGAGGUUGGAUGGAACCAUUAUGACACCAUCAAGGAACUUGAGAGAAAGAGGAAGGAGAGAUCCCAGUUGGCCUACGAAAGAAAGAAGCAAUUGAAUAAAUUGAGGGUCAAGGCUGAGAAGACUGCUGAAGAGAAGCUCGGUGCUCAACUAGAGAUUAUUGCUCCAAUCAAAUAUUGAUCCAGACUCGUUUUUAUUUUUUUUUUUGAGAUGAGAGACUUGUGGAGAAUUGAAUUGCCCUUAAAUUUGUUUUCCAUUUUGAUACUAUUAUGGUCCUUGUGUUGGUUAUAUGUUUAUUGCAGUAAUUUUUCCCCUAGAUAUCUUUGCAUUUGUAUGCUACCCAGUUUUUUUCUAAAUUAGAUAAAUUUUGUUUUAUGAA